AUGAGCGCCGACGUUCAGACGUGUUGCUGCUGUAAGAAGAAGGGCGCGUGUGUCGGCUGUAACGUCAGAAGCUGCAGGAAGAUGUUUCACUUCCCGUGCGGCAGGAAACACGGGUUCAUCUCUCAGUUUUCGGGACUCUUCCCGUCAUACUGUCCGGACCACAGUCCCUCUCAGUCUCUGUGUGUGAGUUCAGACCUCAGUCUGCCUCAGUCCUGCUCCGUCUGUUUGGACUCCAUCGAUCCCGUCCUCAGCUACUCUGUCCUCAAAUGUCCGUCCUGCCACGCCAGCUGGUUCCACAGGGACUGCGUGCAGCGUCAGGCCCACAGCGCCGGCCUCUUCUUCUUCAGAUGCACUCUGUGUAACAACAAGGACGGCUUUCAGGAGGAGAUGCUGCGGAUGGGAAUCUACAUCCCAGAGAGAGAUGCAUCAUGGGAGUUGGAGGCCAACGCGUAUUCGGAGCUGUUGGAGGUUUACACACGCUGCGACGCUCUCGCCUGCCUCUGCAACGACGGGCGAACGCACUCCGCCAAGAGCGGCUGGUUCGAGGUGAUUCGCUGCCGGCUGUGCGGCUCCACAGGGACUCACCGGAAAUGUUCAGGGCUGAAGGUGGACACCAGCGACUGGGCCUGCUGCGACUGCACGCAGGCCACUGACGGGAAAGCCUCGCUGGUUACGUCCCCUCAGGGAGGACAGAGGAGGAGUCUGCUGUCCAAACGCCGCCUGUCUCCCAUCGUCUCCUCCAUCAGCUGUAAAAGACCGGUGUCCUGUGGUGGAUCUGGAUCCCCUGAGGAGAUCCUGCAGGCCCUUGGCCCUCAGCUGCGGCCCCUGAGCGUGCAGGUGGAGGUGGACGGGGAUCAGGCUCUGAGUGCAGGUCUGGAUCUGGUCCGGAGGGCCGACUUCGACCCGACCUGCUCUCUGUCCGUCAGGUUCAAAGACGACCAGCAGACUACAUUUCCCAGCAGCCUCCAGGGCAGCGACACAGCCAGGCAGUACUUCCUGAAGCUGCUGGUGCAGCAGAUCCAGGACUCGGUGGUUUUUGAGGGUCCGGAUGGAUCCAAAAACAUGGCGCUGGACUCCCAGGCUCUGAGAGACGACCUGUACUUUGACGUGGGCUGCCUGCUCGCUCUCUCCCUGGUCCACGGCGGUCCUCCUGUCGGCUUCUUCUCUCGUGCUCUCUAUCAGUGUCUGUUCAACUACCCGCCCAACCGCCCGCUCGCCGUCACACACAUGACCCCCGACACACACCUGACCCGCAGAGUCAGCAGGAUCGCAGAGGCCGAGUCUUUAGACGACCUGAAACGAGUCGUGGCGGAGAGCCGGGAGUACCUGGAGCUGGCCGGCUGUGACCGACCAAUCAGCGGCCUGGAGGAGCGAGAGGCUCUGGUGGAGGAUCUGGUCAGCUUCACCAUGAUCACCAGGAUGCAGCUGCCACUGCAGAGGUUUCGGGAGGGUCUGCAGACGUUGGGCGUCUUUGAUCAGGUGCAGCUCUUCCCGUCGAUGUUCUGCAGCGUUUUCUGCGAAGCGGCCAAUCGGCUUUCGGCUCAGACGGUCGCACAGAUCUUCACCGUUAACUUUUCCGAGCAGGAAGACAGACUGAGCAAAGAGACGCCCGUCGUCAGCUUCUGGAGACACUUCCUGCUGGAGUGUGAAGUCGGGAGGAGCUCCAUCUCCCUGCAGGACCUUCUUCGUUUCUCCACAGGAGCCGAGGAGCUCCCGGCCGUCAGCCUCCUCCCGGCUCCCUCCGUCUCCUUCCUCCACCCCGAGGAGGCGGGAGGAGGAGAGCGGGAGGCAGCCAGUGCGAGGAGGGACGAGGGGCUCUUCCCUCAGAGUGUGCCCGCCUCCAAACACCUCCUCCUGCCCGUCUGCUCCUCAUACCGGGCCUUCAAAAGCUCCAUGGAGCAGGCCGUCAGCCACCGCGUGCACCUCCUCCCCUCAGGAAGCUAGAGGAGGAGGAGGAGGAGGAGUACCUUAGUUUAGAAAUUGUUGCUCUGCCUGUCGAUCUUCUCCUCUCGUGCAGCACAAACACAAAGCUUGUUUCAGAAAUCCUCACGUUGGGCGAGGAUUAGGGCGGGAGGAAGACUUUUUUCAUCAUGCACGUCGAGGAAAAAGUCGAUAUGUCGAGAUUAAAAUCGAAAAUGUCGAGAAUAAAGUCAAAUGUUGAGAAUAAUAUUGAAAUACAAUGUCAAGAAAAAGUCCAAAUGUCGAGAAUAGUGUUGAAAUACAAUGUCGAGAGAAAAGUCAAAAUGUCGAGUUCAAAAUUCAAAAUGUCGAGAAAAAAGUCAGAAUGUCGAGAACAUUGUAUUUCAACGUGAUUCUCCACAUUUCGACUUAAUUCUCGACCUGCGUGAUGAAAAAAAAAAUCUGAAAAUAUUCCUCUCGUCUCUCCUGCGUGGCUCAGAUCCUCUUCACUACUCAGAAGGUCGACUUUACUCUCAAAUUUUUAUUUCAACUUUAUUCUCGACAUUUCAACUUAAUUCUGGACGUGCAUGAUGGAAGAAAUCUUCCUCCUGGUCGUCCUCCGUUUCCUCGCUCAUGAAGCUGAAAAGACGAAUGUUUUCGUGUCUUCUCAAAGCAACAAACCAAAACUCUUUUUUUCUGCUCGUCUUCAAACGGCUCAGACGUGAUCAGAAUGAAAAUUUCCUCACGUCAUUUUUUUGUUGGUCGCUUGUUUUCUAGUUUUAAAAUGAUGGUGCUGAUGUGUUUUUAUGACUUUUCGAGCUGCUUUUAAAUCAGUUUUGUUUUUAUUGUAAAUAUUUUGUGCUUUUCUAAGCGUUUCGUGAAGCUUGUUCUUGAUGAGAUUUUUUUGCACUUGUUUGUUAUGGGGGUUUUUUUUUCUGGAAAAUGCUGCCUCCUGAUUGGCCCAAAUGCAUCAUUUGAUGGAUUUCUCAUCUCGUCAUCAGAGUUCAGAUGUCACCUCCGAACCAGAGCAGUUAUGUAAAAAAAAAACAACUUAAAAUUACAGCAACCCUACAUUUGAACCAUAAAACUGCCUGAAUUAUCA